CCGCCUCUCUCUUCCUCCCCCCGUCGCCGCGGCCCCGCCAUGGCGACAUGAGCCCGCCGGCCGCCGCCGCCGCCGCCCCGGACAUGGGGCCCGCACGGUGCUGAAGCGCCGCGGAGGAGCCCCGCCGCCGUCGCCCCAUCAUGGGGUGCUGAUGGCCGGGCCCCGCCGGGCCCCCCGCCGUCGCGCAGGGGAGGUAGCUGUAUCCAGCUGAGUGGCAGGUGGAUCCAAGGGUUACCAUGAAGUUUUCAGGACCCCUGGAGAGCCAAAGGUUGUCUCUCCUUCUGGAGACGGCAAUCUCUAGGGAAGCUCAAAUGUGGAAAGCACGUGUGCCGAAAAUUCAGUCCAAUCAGCAGGAUGCAGCCAUUUCUCCAAAGCAGAGGGAUGAGGUCAUUCAGUGGCUGGCCAAGCUCAAGUACCAAUUCCACCUUUAUCCAGAAACGCUCGCCCUGGCCAUCAGCCUUUUGGACAGGUUUUUAGCUGCAGUAAAGGCCCGUCCGAAGUACUUGAACUGUAUUGCAAUCAGCUGCUUCUUUCUCGCUGCAAAGACCAUUGAGGAAGAUGAGAGGAUUCCAGUACUGAAGGUUUUGGCUCGGGAUAGCUUUUGUGGUUGUUCUCCAGCUGAAAUUCGCAGAAUGGAGAAGAUUAUCCUGGAUAAACUGAACUGGGAUCUUCACAUGGCAACGCCACUGGAUUUCCUUCAUAUUUUCCACGCAGUCGCGGUGUCCAACAGGCCUCAGCUACUGACCAUCUUGCCCAAGCUGAGUCCCUCUCAGCACUUGGCGGUGCUCACCAAGCAGCUGCUGCACUGCAUGGCCUGUUACCAGCUGCUGCAGUUCAAGGGCUCUAUGCUGGCGCUGGCCAUUGUCAGCCUGGAGCUGGAGAAGCUGCUCCCCGACUGGCUGGCUCUCAUCAUCGAGCUGCUGCAGAAAGCACAGAUGGAUAGCUCACAGCUGAUCCACUGCCGGGAGCUCGUGGCACAUCACCUUUCCACCCUGCAGUCUUCUCUGCUGCCCAAUCCUGUAUAUGUCUACAGUCCCCUCCAGCAUACCCUUGUGACCUGUAACAGAGGAGUGUUCCCAUGCCAGCCCUCCUCUGUCCCAGGGCCAAGUUUCUCCAAGGACAACAGCAGACCAGAAGUGCCAGUCACAGGUACAGCCGCACUCUACCAGCAUCUACCAGCUCCCAGCAGCUGCAAACAAGCCUCUGCCAAGCGUAAAGUGGAAGAGAUGGAAGUGGACGACUUCUAUGAUGGGAUCAAGCGUCUCUACAAUGAAGACGUUGCUCCAGAGAUAGUGGCUCUGGAAAACAUGGGCUCUGUUUGUGGUGCUGAUGUCUCGAGGCAGGAGGGCAACGUUUCCCCUUGUCCACCUUUACAGCCAGUGUCUGUGAUGUAGCUGGGAGCGCACACCACCCACUCCACCACAGAAGAGUGCAGAACCUGGCCUCCUGUCUGCUCGGUGGGAGGAGAAGGGGCCAUACCUUCUAGGGCUGGACUGAAGGGAGCAAAAAAAAAAAAAACCCAGAAAAAAAAAUCCUAACCCUUUUUUGAUUUUUUUUUUCUUGUGCGGCUAAUUAUAGUUCCACUAUUUAAGCACUUAAAAACACAAAAAAGAAUAAAAAAUCUAAAAAAAGACCCAAAAACCAAACAAAAAAAGUAGAGAAAAUUGUUCCUUUCUAGUGUUGUCAGUUCUACUUCCACUGUUUUUCUGCUCCUGUGUCCUGUAACCCAUUCUCCACAUCCCAGAGCUCCCAUCACUCCUGCAGAGCUGAUCUGUUUUCCCAGGCAACUUAACACCUCUCUGGUCCAUUUCCAUCUGCUCCUCACUCUUUUUGCUUGUUCCUCCUUUAAUUCUCAGCCAGUCCUGUGCAUGAUGUCCUGUACCACCUGACCUCCACAUCACCAUUCCUUUUCCUUUCUAAAGAAAAAGACCCUCCUUGUUUUGCUAGCACUUUGGUGUUUAAAUGUGACUAAAAUAUUUUAAAACUGGAUUUCAACUAAAGGUUAGUCAGGACCAAGAGAAAAACAACACGUGCUGGCUGCUCCAUACUUCAGGAAUAAUCCUAGGAGUGUGAAGAGCACUACGGCAGCCAGCCAUGGGGCUCUGUGCCAUGCACAGAGACUUCAGCGUUUUCCAACACAGAAAGCAGUUAAUGGAGUUUGCAUCACUUGAACAAAAAUGGUAUUUUUUCCCUUGUUUGCACCAAGGAACCUUGCGUUCUGUGUGGAUUUUCACUCUCUACAUCAAGCAUCAGCCUUUAAUUGUGCAGAGUGUUUUCCCACCCGUGUGUCUGUAAGCUUGGGGUGUGACCAGCCCUGCUGGGUGAGGUGCUGGGGCAGCUCCGUACACCCCAGGUUUGAAAGGUGCGUCAUUACCAGCCACAAACCCAAAAGCAAAGACCCUAACCCUCAAGUUUUGUGUUCAUGUAACUUCUAACCAAGAGUACAACCUUUAAAAUCAUGUCUUUUCGAUGUUGCACCUCUGUUUCUGAGAAUGACCCAUCCCAAUUGUAAGCUCUCUCCACAGCCCUGAGGAAGGUAUUGUAUCUGGAGCCUUUGUACUGAUGAAAGCCUUCUGGUAGCAAUAAAGUUGUCCUGGAUUCCAA